UCGUGUUUAAUCCAUGGUUCACAGCCUGCCCGAACUCCGAGUUGUCAAUAAACAGUCUAACUUUGACGGUUAAUCAGUGACACUCCGAGAAACGAGAAGAUUCGUUAAAGAACAAAUAGAGUCGCCAUUUUAAGAAGCAGACGAUGACGCGGAAUUUGUAAUUAGUAAUGGGAGCUAAUCAAGCACGACCUUGAUAUCUUUUAUUUAUUCUCACCGAUCGAAUAAAGUAACAACAAUGAAUUUUGGAGUGGAUUGGGAGGCCGAGCAUCGACGAGUCCUGCUGGAUGGCAAUGCGGCGUUGGAACGUUCGGCGCAGUCGGUCGCGAGAUCGCAGGCGGUCGCAGCCGAGAACGAGCAGAUAGGGACCGAAGUGGUCUCCGAACUGGGCGAGCAGAGAGAACGUCUGCUGCGAGCUAAGCGGAGGCUCUCACAGACAGACGAGGAACUGAACAGAACGCGGAAAAUUCUCAAUGUCAUGCGACUGAAGGUUCUCACGAACAAAAUUGUGCUGAUCUUCAUUAUAUUGCUAGAAGUGGCUAUACUCGGUAUUAUUGUAUUUUUAAAGUUUUUUCAUUAACAAACCAGACCUAUACGGUGAGGCUGAAUGAAAUUAAGGGCUGGAAUUGUAUAUACAUGUAAUAAAUAACAUAUAUAUAUGUGUAUAUAUAUAUACACACACACACAUAUAUAUAUAUAUAUAUGUAUGUAUGUAUAAUGCAGUUAAUAACACAAGAAGUUAUGUGAAUAUAUGCAAAUAUUGUACAAGAUGUAAUAAACAAACUUCUACAAGCA